UAUUGUUUCAUUGUGCACAACUACAACUCUUUCUCCCUUCCCUCUUUCCUUCUCUCUCUCUCUUAGAUAAAACCCAGCGUCCUGCAAAAAGCUUUAGAGCAAGCGUUUACUGAUGCAACUGUUGCAAUGGGACACUAAAGGUACUGAGGAUUGGACAAAAUGUUCAUAUCGUCUCCAACACCAUUUGGAUGGCUGUCGAGAACCUAUUCCAGAGGGGAGAAGUGAUGAUGAUUUCUGUUCCAUAAACUAUACAAGAAAAUAUUCCCACCUAUCAACCUCCAGUACAAUGUCGCAAAACUUCACACCUACUUUUGUAUAUCAACGUAGGAGACAACGUAAGAAUGCUGUGUCCAUUGUGACAAUCCAGUCCUCUGCUGAUACAAGACUAUGUAAUGGUUGUCAUUCUGCCAUCAGUUCUGAAGCCCCUUCUUCGGCUGCCCAAGAGCCUGUAGUUGUUUCUGAACAUGCAACAGAAGCUGUAAGAUCACCUACUGUGGGUCUAGUUGACUGCAAUACAGCAGCUACAGCAUCUCUUAAUGGAUGUCCUGCUGGGGAAGAAGCUUCUGAAGAGGCCUUGAUAACUGACGUGGAAAGGGUUUUGAAUGUCUGCAGUGGUAAUGAUAAUUGUUCAUCCUCCAAGUCAAAUCUGGGAAUUAGUUCAGCUUCCUUGAAAAUUGAUGCCGACGAUGCAGGCGAGUGCUCCUCUUCUGGUGCAUUGAUUGCUGAAAAUGCGCCAGAAGAGAUUUCAGAAAAAGAUAUAUGCAUUUCAAUUCUUAGAAGUCAGGGACUGCUCGAUAAAGUUUGGAUUAAACAGGAUCAAAAUUCUACCAAAAAUACUGGUGUUAGUAGUGACGACUACUGUUCAAAGUCGUGCAAAGCCUGUGAGCAGAUGGAUAGUACAUUAAAUAUGCUAAUUUGUGAUAAUUGCGAGGAUGCAUUUCAUAUUUCUUGCUACAAUCCUAAUAUUACAAUACUGCCAGUUGGUGAGUGGCUUUGUGGUUCUUGCUUGAAAAAGAAGCAUAAAAUAUUGAAAGAUAAAUCUCCCAGUAAUUCACACAAUAUCAGUGCUGAACUUGGUAGAAAUCGAUAUUCAGUAUCAGAAGGUGAAUUAGGAUCCUUGGAAUUCAUGUUCAGAGACACGGAGCCUUAUAUGUCAAGUGUGCGGAUUGGCGAUGAAUUUCAAGCUGAUGUUCCAGAUUGGUGUGGCCCCAUUGAUGAGGAUUGUGAUCUUAUAGGGGAUCCUUUGGAAAUGUCUUCUGAUAAAAUUAACUUGCAGGAAAGGGAUUCUAUAAAACCUUUGAAGCUCAGUUCUAUUGGUAACUGGCUUCAGUGCCGUGAGGUCAUUGAAGGCACUGGGGAAGGUGUUGAUGGAACUAUGUGUGCAAAAUGGCGCAGGGCCCCUCUUUUUGAAGUUCAAACUGAUGACUGGGAAUGCUUCCAUUGUGUUCUUUGGGAUCCAGCACAUGCAGAUUGUGCCGUACCCCAGGAGCUAGACACAGAAGAAGUCAUGAAGCAAUUAAAGUAUAUAGAGAUGUUGAGACCCCGGCUAGCUGCAAAAAGACGUAAAUUGGAUUGUUCAAAGAGUAGUGGUUCACAGGACCAGUCACGUAUGCGUAGAAAAUUCAAGAACUGCAGAGACAAUGUAUCCUGCACAUCUAAAAUACACAGGUGAAAAGCUCCAAACUUGUGAGAUCUUCACUUCAGUAUUUGGGGAUACCAGAAAAUUCUUGAAUUGCAGAAUAGGCAUCGAAAGGUUUGAGCUGCUGCAGGCGCGCUCCGGAUCAUCGCUUGGUUUGUUUACGAUUUGCUGGCUUUUGGAAGUAUUGGGAGCUUUGAGAUGUCAGUGUAGGCAUCUGAGAAUUUUGAUUGGUUACAUGUAUACAUGCAUGAUCUUAUGAUGCUGACAGGAAUCUGGUGUAAGAAUGCUCAAAAUUCUGAGAUAAUCUGGUUGGAUGGUGAAUGGGAAAUCAGUACCAUGGCAAACAAUGCGCUUCUAUUUCAUGAUUUAUGACUAGUCCCCAACACAAA